AACCACUACGAGGUCCUCGGUGUGCCGCGCGACGCGGACCUCGCGGCCAUCACGAAGGCCUACAAGAAGAAGGCCCUCGAGACGCACCCGGACAAGAACCUCGACGACCCGGACGCCGAGGCCAAGUUCCUCAAGGUCCAGGAGGCCCGCGUCAUCCUCUCGAACAAGGACGCCCGGGCCCUCUACGAC